GGCGUGGCGGCGCCUUAUACGGAAGCCAAUCAGGGGGCCGCGGGGUAGAGUUUGAAUCCUAGGCGGAGGCGCAACGGCUAGCGGAGUUGUGCGACGUGGAGCCGAAUAAGCAGCGGCGGUGGCAGCAGCAGCGAGGAAAAGAGAGCAAGAGGGAGAGAAGUGGGCUGGCUGACCUUGGCGGAUACCCGCGGCCAUGAGGAAGAGCGAGGUUUUGGCCAGCGAGUCGGUGGCCUGCCUGAACCAGGCGCUGUUCCAGCUGCGCGAAAUCUGGGAGGAAAUCGGCAUCCCCGAGGACCAGCGCCUGCAGCGCACCGAAGUGGUGAAGAAGCAUGUCAAGGGCUUGCUGGACAUGAUGAUUGCGGAGGAGGAGAACCUCAAAGAGCGUCUCCUGAAGAGCAUUGCAGUGUGUCGCAAGGAAUUGGUGGUCCUCUGCAAGGAGCUACAACUGGCUCCUUUUGAGGAGGAUGAGGAGACCACCAUCCUGCAGCUAGAGAAGGACCUGCGCACCCGUGUGGAAGUAAUGCUGAAGCAAAAGCGGGAGAGGAAGCAGGAGCUGAAGGUGCUGCAGGAGCGAGACCGGGAGAUGUGUGACCUGCUCUGCACAGCUCCCUAUGACAUCAACACUGAGGCUGUACCCAGCCUGGCGGAGCUGGACCACUUCCGGCGCCACUUGGCAGGACUAGCAACCGAAAAGGAGCGCCGGCAGAAGGAGUUUCUCGACACCAAGAGGCAGAUCAUCCUGUGCAUGGAGGAGCUGGAGCACACCCCGGACACCAGCUUUGAGCGAGAUGUUGUGUGUGAGGAGGAGGAGGCCUUCUGUCUCUCGGAGGAGAACAUUGCUGCCCUGAAGGAUCUCUUGCAGCAGCUCGAGAGCAGGAAAGUUCAGAAGGAAGCCUUGUGCCAAGAGCUGCGUUCCAGGAUUCGGGUGCUGUGGGAGCGGCUGCAGGUGCCUGCGGAGGAAAGGGAAGCCUUUGCCCCCUACAUGGUGGGAGCCAAAGCCGCCAUCAUGGAUGCUCUGCAACUGGAAGUGGAUCGCUUGCAAGAGCUGAAGUUUCAGAAUAUCAGAAAUGUGGUGGAAGCCACCCGGGCCGAGCUGGCAGACUACUGGGACAAGUGUUUUUAUGGGGAUGAGCAGAGGCGAGCCUUCUGCCCCUACUAUGAAGAUGAUUUCACUGAAGAGCUGCUGCAGCAGCAUGAAGAGGAAGUUUCCCGGAUAAAGCAGUGCUACGAAAGGCAUCAAGAGCUGUUUGAAUCCAUCCAGAAGUGGGAGACGAACUGGCGCCUCUUCCAGGAGCUUGAGAGGAAGGCAACGGACCCCAGCCGCUUCACCAACCGAGGGGGUAACCUUCUCAAAGAGGAGAAGCUGCGAGCGAAACUCCAGAAGACUCUUCCAAAGCUGGAGGAGGAGCUAAAGGGGCGCGUGGAGCUCUGGGAGCAGGAGCAAGAGCAGGCCUUCCUGGUGAAUGGGCAGCGCUUCAUGGAGUACGUGGCAGAGCAAUGGCAGCUCCACCACUUGGAAAAGGAGAAGGAAAAGCAGGAGCGACAACUCAAGAAGUCCCGCCAGAUUGAGGAGGAGAUGAUGUAUGGCAGCACCCCAUCAAGGACCCCCAACAAGAGACGGGGGUUGGGCUGCAUCACACCCAGCAAAGUGCGGAAGCUUAACACCACAGCUACCCCGAACAGCACCAUCCGUUCAGCAUUUGGGGGCUCUCUGUUCCACUCCCCAACACCCCACCCAGCACUCUCUGGAGCAAAAGGCUCCCGAAAGCUUGCUGUCAAAAGCUCUAAUCUCCAGUGCUACUCCCCUCUGCCUCCGCAGCCUGUCCGGACUGCCAGCCGCAUGGCCCCCAAGUCCCCUCGCCCAGGACCCAUGGAGCACAACAAGGAGAACGUCACUCAGCUCAACAGAACAGCUCUGAGCGGUGGGUGCAUCCCUGCAGCCCCUGCCCAGAGCACCUGCAGCAUUAACUCUGUUGCCAGCACCUAUUCAGAGUUUGCGCAAGAACUUUCAAAGGCUUCCAGAUCUGACUUCAAAUCCCGCAUACUUAACUCCACGGUUUCCAAUGCUGAGAGCUGACAGAGAGCUUGUACACAGCGGCAAAGGAAGGUAGCCAAAGGAGCUGGCACCACUGGACUUCCCUUCCGGGGUUAGGCAAAGCCGUGUGCCUCCCUGCCUGGCCCUGUUGCCUGUGGCAAUGGAGGCAGGGCCACUUUUAACUAUUUGUUCCUUGUUUUUACCACAAUUUUUUAAAACCAUUUUUUUUGUAUAUUAAAAAGAAUAAAAUGUAAAUGUUGCAAAGGGAUUCUAUAAGUAAGCCUACUCUAGUGCACAACUUGCUGUCUAGUCUAGGGUUCCAGCAGCAAGGGAAGAGGGAUCAUGGCCCACCCCAAACUAUACUCUUGCAAACCUCUGGAACAUUUGCUCCUGCCCUCUGCUAGGCAAAGGGUGGAAGAGAGCCCACAGUGGCAGCACUCCGUCCAUCCUGUUUACGGGGGCAGAAUCUUUACUGCCCUCCUUGGUGCUCAUGCGGUUGCUUUUGGGGGAGGGAGUAGUUGCAACAGAAGUGGGGAGGGAAAGCAGGCAGCCCCUAAACUUGCUUGCAGUAGAAAAAGUGAUCAGGUCAUGGGGCUUUUUAGGAUGCUUCCCCAUGCUUGCUUCAGGGGUCUUGUUCCACUGGAGAGAAGCACAGCUUACCUUUAGUUAUAACAAAUGGGGCGGGGCUGACUUCUUGAGCUGGGCUAGUCCUGGUUUCCUCUUGGGAUGGGGAAGGAGGAGGAGAGGCUUCUGCCAGCCACCAACCACCCUCCCCAUCAUCGUGGCUAGAUUUGCACCUUGUUUUCACUACAGUGUCCUUUUAUUAUUUAUUUGUAUGGCAGAAUGUUCACAUCUUGUUUAUCUGCUGUUCUGUAUAAUGACUAAUCAAUUGUAUUGUUCUGAUGAGGGCUCUUAGCUGAGGAGAGCAGUCUAACUACUCCAUUUCUACCACAA